AUGGCUCCUUGGAUGCUCAACAGUUAUGAUGUAUGGUAUCGAGAUCCAUGUAAAGAGUAUGAUUCUACAAACAAUCAAAGGCACUGGGAGGAUUUCAUGUCAGGAGCCUGGGUGUGGAACAAGGCAGACAGAAUCAUUAGUGAGGAUCCAAUGAUGGCUGGGGAAACACUAAUUCCCAUCAUUCUCAGUAGUGACAAGACAACAGUAUCAGUAGCAACUGGCCAGACUGACUAUUACCCCUUGUAUCUCUCCAUUGGAAAUGUUUGCAACACUGUUCAUCAUGCUCACUGCAGUGUGGUAGUCCUCAUUGGGUUCCUGGCAAUGCCAAAGACCACUAGAGAACAUGCUGAUAUAAUAUUAUGUGGUGACAAAUACUAUCAGUGCAUCAUAUAUGCACUAGUGGCUUAUAUAGCUGACUACAAGGAACAAGUUCUGUUGUCUUGUAUCAUAUGGAAUUGGUGCCUGAAGUGCCUCACACACCAGGAGAAUCUGGAUGAUGAUGGACUCUGUCAUUGUCAUGAGCAUGCAAAUGCUGUGAUUGAAGAAUUUGACUUUUGUAAACUACAGUUGUUUACAAAUGAUUUUCCAUGUGCAGACAUCUGCAGCAUGCUUUCACCAGAUAUCCUCCACCAGCUUAUCAAAGGUGUGUUCAAGGACCACCUGGUGGAUUGGGUCAAGUGCUACCUAAUCCACAUUCAUGGAAAGACACAGGCAGAAAAAGUCUUGGACAAGAUUGACUGGUGGAUUGCAGCUGUUGCCCCAUAUACUGAGCUGUGGUGUUUCCCUCAAGUCCUUCACAGGUUUACAUCGCAGCAAUUGAAGGUUAUGUUCCACAAUAUGUCAUCUUCACUUUUUGAGCCUUCCUGGAAUUUUGUUACCUCAUUUUCCAAACAUAUUAAGGCCAUCAAACAGCCUUAUUGGCACACUAACCACUUUCAAGCUCUUGGACAGAUGCUUUUGAUCAACCAGAGGCUUGAAAAGCUCAUUGCCAUGCAUGCCAACUUUAAAGAACAUGGUAUGUUAAAUGAACUGUUGCUAUCACAUGCACUCAGGGCUCUUGGUACAAGUCAACAUUCCAAUGAUGCUGAUGAUCUGUGA